AUGCCAAAAUUCACCAUUCAACCACCAACCCCGCACACGGCCAUCCUCUCCUACCCAGCACCACACAUCCUCCUCGUAACCCUCAACAGGCCAAAAGACCUAAACUGCAUAAACGCCCAAGGCCACGCAGACCUCCACGAAAUCUGGGAAUGGAUGGACGAGGAGCCGAGCAUGCGUGUGGGCAUGCUGACCGGAACGGGGAGGGCGUUUUGCGCUGGCGCUGAUUUGAAGGGCCUCAUAAGAUCUACCAAACUAACCGAGUGCAAUACAACAGAGUGGAAUACCCGCGCCUCCUCCACCACCACCUCCACAUCCCAAAAAUCAACCCAAAUGCCGAGUAGCGGCUUCGGCGGCCUCGCCCGGCGCAAAGGCAAGAAACCCGUAAUCUGCGCGGUGAACGGGCUAUGUUUCGGCGGUGGGACGGAGAUGAUCAUCAAUAGCGACAUUGUGAUCGCGUCUUCGCGGACGGUUUUUGGUUUGCCAGAGGUUAAGCGCGGUGUUGUUGCGCUUGCUGGUGCAUUGCCUAGACUUGUUCGGACGGUUGGCAAGCAGAGGGCUAUGGAGAUGGUUCUUACGGGGCGGAAUGUGGAUGCGUUUGAGGCAGAGCGGUGGGGGAUUGUUAAUUCUGUUGUUGACGUUGGGGGGAUUGUUCAGGGUGGGAAGGGGACGGAGGAGGUUGAUAGGGAGGUUUCGAGGGUUGUUGUUGGGAAGGCUUUGGAGGUUGCUGGAACUAUUGCUGGGAAUAGUCCUGAUUCUGUUCUUGUUAGUCGGGAGGGAGUUAAGCUUGGUUGGGAGGGGAUUGGGGCGGAUGAGGCUACUAGUAUGUUGAGUGAGACGUGGGUGAAGAGGUUGAAUGAGGGGGAGAAUAUCAAGGAGGGAUUGAGGGCUUUCGUGGAGAAGAGAGGGCCUGUGUGGGUUGAUAGUUAG